AACCCGUUCAACAUCGCCAACCCAAACCCUACAACCCAAAUCCUCUCUCAACUCCCAACCCUCACGAUCCGACCCCCUUCCAACCCUAGCGUUCUCGGUUUCCUCCGAUCCCUCGCUUUGCAUGCAGCUUUCUCCAACCUGCUCGAACCCUCGUCGGACACCGCCGUUGCUCUUCAACCCGCAUCCAACCCUCGUCGUAGCGGGGCCGUGUUCAAGUAGUUUGUCGCCGGGCCCACGCCUGUACAGUUUGACCCUCGUCGAAAUAGUUCGUCGUUGAUCUUAUCUCAGAUCCAUCUUAAAGCAUUCGGAUAUAUCAAGAUCUGUAUAGUUGUCACCUUUCCUGAAGAAAGGAAUUUUCAUACUUGCUGAAGUUAAUGAAUGUAUCAGACGUCGUCGGGCGCGAUAUAGCAACAACUUCCAGCAGCUAUUUUGUUUGGCUGUGUUUUGCCACCUGAUAAGCUCACUUUUUUUAUGUUGAUCUCUUGGCAACAAAGCAGAUUGAAAAUAAGAUUAUUGAGAGUGGGUUUUGUCCUAUUUAUUCAAUGAGUUCAACUAGAUUACUCAUUGACGGAUCGAAUUGUGACAGCACUCAGAAGUGGUUCUGUCGUGCAUUUUGCAUAUCAGAAAUAGCAUGAAUGCAGCUUGCCAACAUUAGUGAGGAGGAAUGCAGCGGUACACUGGUACUGGUGGUGGCAGCGGAGUUGGUAGCAAUGGCAUUGGCGGGGCAUCAUCAAGAGAUAAUACCAGGAUAGAAUCUUCUUAUUCAGCAUCCAGCUUCUCUAACUCAAGGCGACAGUCCCAACUUGCGCCAUAUAAGCUAAAAUGUGAUAGAGAAUCUCUUAAUGGCCGACUUGGUCCCCCUGACUUCUAUCCUCAAACCACAAACUGUCCUGAAGAAACACUAACUAGAGAGUAUCUGCAGUCUGGAUACAAAGAGACAGUUGAAGGAAUUGAGGAAGCUCGAGAAAUUGCAUUAUCUCAAGGUUUCAGCUUCUCAAAACCCGAGUCCAUCUUAAAGUUGAAAGAGCAAUUACGAAAGCGCCUUAGAGCUAUCAACGAAUCUCGUUCUCAAAAACGUAAGGCUGGCCAGGUUUAUGGAGUUCCUCUUUCUGGUCAGCUAUUAACAAAAUCUGGUGUCUUUCCUGAGCAAAAGCCGUGUAAUGAAGAUGGUCGCAGAAAAUGGAUUGAGGCCUUAUCACAACCACAUAAGCAAUUGCAUUCCUUGUCCGACCAUGUUCCUCAUGGUUAUCGACGCAAAGCUCUUUUUGAAGUUCUUAUCCGGCACAAUGUUCCAUUUUUGAGGGCAUCUUGGUUUAUAAAAGUUAACUAUCUCAAUCAGGUGCGACCUUCCUCAAUUAAUGUGUCAUCAGCGGCUCUUGAUAAAGCACAUAUAGCUCGAUCUGAUUUGUGGUCUAAAGAUGUGGUUGAGUACAUGCUGCAGCUCCUGGAUGAAUUUUUUCCUAAAGAUGGUUCUAAUGUGCCUUUUCCCAAUAAGAAUCAAUCAUCACAAAAUUAUAUUGGUGUCCAUUAUGAAACAUCACAAAAAGUUGACUCUUGUUCUACUCCUGAUGCCGACGAACCUUCUCUACAUUUCAAAUGGCAGUAUAUGUGUCGCCUGGUACUGUGGCAUCUUGCAGAAGGUCUAAUGCAUCCUGCUCCUAUUAUUGAGUUCAUUCUCAAUCAGCUUCAGGAAAAGGAAUCACUGGAGGCUUUUGAGUUGCUUUUGCCAUUUAUAUUUGAUGUGAUUGAUAGUGUUGCACUCUCACAGACAUAUGUACGCACAGUUGUAGACCUACUUGCCCAAAAAAUACAUGAUCUUUCAUCCAAUUUCUCAAGUUCAAUAAAUACAUCAGAAAAGUUAUCAUUUAUAGAUUCAAUUGUUGAGAUAGUGCGGUACCUGAUGGUUUCUGUACCUGAUACCUUUGUUGCCUUGGAUUGCUUUCCCUUGCCAGCCUGUGUUGUUCCUGAUUUACAUUGUAAAAAUGCAUACCUGAAGUCACCAGAUUCUUUAUAUAAUAAGCAGUUUGAUACUCGGGAUGCAUAUCUUCGUUAUUUGUCAUGUGGUUACAUUAUCUCCUCUGUCCACAAACGUGCUUCAAAUCUUUCAAAGAUUGUAAACCCAAGCCUUCAAGCUCAUGGAGCUGCCAAGGUUUUACAGGUUCUGGAUAGAGCUUUGAUAACUGGAAAUAUAAUGAUUGCUUAUACUUCUCUAUUUGAAGAUUUGUUAGAUACAGUUGUUGAAGAAAGAUGGAUUGCAGAAAUAAGUCCUCCAUUGCGAUCUUCCUUAAAAUGGAUUGGGACCAUUACUUGGUCUUUUAUUUGUUCUGUAUUCUUUUUAUGUGAAUGGGCCACAUGUAAUUAUCGCGAUUGUCGUACUUCCAUGCCUCGCCAUGUCAAAUUUUCUGGAAGAAAAGAUUUUUCACAGAUAUAUUUUGCAGUAUCAAUUUUGAAGCUUAAGAUGGAAGACUUGCUCAACUCAAAUCAAUGUCGGGAGAGAAAAUUUUCAGUUGGCCUAUGUGGGAAAAACAGCUCUGAGCAAGAUACUUUGUUAGGCGGGACAGUGGUGGAAAAUGUCUGUGUUGCUAGAAAUAAUUCAAAGGCAUUACCUGAUAGGAAGAAUAAAAAAGGCAUAUUUGAAAGCCCUGGCCCAUUGCAUGACAUUCUUGUUUGCUGGCUGGAUCAACAUGAAAUAGGGAAGGCAGGAAGCUUCAAGGAUGUUGAACUUUUUCUUUUGGAACUUAUUCGGAAUGGGAUAUUCUAUCCUCAUGCUUAUGUAAGGCAGUUAAUUGUGAGUGGGAUAAUGGACAAGGAUGAUAAUUUGUUGGACUUGGAAAGACAACAAAGACACCGAAGAAUUCUGCAGCAACUUCCUGGAUAUUGUUUGUUUAAUAUUUUAGAAGAAGCAAGAAUUGUUAAUAUCCCAUUCUUAAGUGAAAUUUCUCAUGCCUACUCAAAUGAACGUCGACUAGUUCUUCAAGGACGUCUGUGCAGUAAAUCCAAUGAGUUAACCAUUAGAGAUGAUGUUGGUUCAACUUUUUCAUUGCAAAAUGAUACAGAUUAUUCAACUGGUGCUCCAGAGAGUCAUCAUGCUAAGAUAGACCGAGUUACACAGCUGAAAAUUUUAAUUUCAAAUUUUCUGCGGUUUCCUCUUCCUUUUACCAUGCCAAUGGUAUCUCCUGAUGAAUCAAAUGGAAUUUCAAAAAGGAUAUCUGGUUCUUUGGAAAGCAAAGUUGAUACUGCUGAAGAGAAAAUUGGCUGUGAUGAAUGCAGGAAAGAGAAACGGCAAAAGCUUACUGAUGAUAGAACCUCUAUCCUGCAAGGGUUUUCAUCACAUCACUCAGACGAUGAAGGUAAUUGGUGGGUAAAGAAGGGACCUAAAUCCCAAGAAUCUUUCAAGGUUGAACAUCCACCUAAGCUAAUUAAAAAUACCUCAAGAGGUAGGCAAAAGAUUGUGCGUAAAACACAGUCUUUGGCACAGUUAGCAUCUACGCGAAUUGAAAGUAGUCAGGGAGCAUCUACUAGCCAUGUAUGUGACAACAAAAUUGGUUGUCCCCACCAUCAUUCUGGUCCUGAUGCAGAAGCUCCAAAAGAUGCCAGUAGGAUAAUAUCAGGAAUCCAAAGUGAUAUUUGUAAGGCACUGAAGCAAUUAAGAUUGCUUGAGAGAAGAUCUAUCUCAAUUUGGUUAUUGAAGUCAAUUAGGCAACUUAUUGAAGAAAAUGAAAAAGCUCCUUCUAAAGUGAGCAAUUGUUCUGAUGUUUUCUCUGUAUCACCUGAUGACCGAGGUUCUUCAAGAUGGAAACUAGGCGAAGAUGAAUUUUUGUUCAUUAUUUAUAUAUUCGAUAUUUCUUGUGAUUUAGUUUCAGCAGUAAGGUUUUUGAUAUUGUUGUUACCUAAAGUAAUAUCUAGAUCAAGUACUGUCAUGCAUGGUGCAAGGAACUCCAUGUUACCAAAAAAUAGAGAAGGUCAAGUUUGCCAGAUUGGGGAAACCAUUCUAUUCUCAUCCCUGCAGAGGUAUGAGAGUGUGCUUCGAACUGCAGAUCUUUUACCUGAUGUCUUGACUGCUUUAAUACGAAGGCCUUAUGGUUCUAUUUCUCUUGCUUAUGCUCGCAAUUUGCUGAAGAAAUAUAGGGAUGCAACAACCGUGUCAAAGUGGGAGAAAAGUUUACGAUCCACUUAUGACCAAAGGUUGCUUGCUGAGCUUGAUAAUGAAAGGCCAUUAGAUGGUGAAUUUAUGUUUUCUUCAGGAAUCUCUGCUGGGGUGACAGAUUCAGAUGAUGAGCACAUCCGUCUAAAGAUGAACGCAAGGAUGUCUAGAAUUGGCCCAAACAUGAAAGAGUUAAUACAACAUGUUGAUGAAGCUGUUUACAAUUAUGGAAAGGACAGAAAAUAUUCUGCUGUUGCUAAUUCCAGAAACCAUCCCACUGAAAAAUGGAAUGAUAGUUACAAAAUAGCUCAUGAUAUUGUCUUGAAUCUUGUUGAUUUUAUACGCCAAAAUAGUGGGAUCACCCCAGAAGUUGAUCCCUCUUUGGUGGCAUCUGCUGUUUCUGCAAUCAUUGCUAGUGUUGGAACAGCUAUAUCAAAAAUUCCAGAUCUCAUGGCAAGCAGUAAUCAACUAAAUUGUGCUAGGUACAUCUUACAAAUUCACAUAACUUCCCUCUGCUUGCUGAAAGAAGCUCUUGGUGAUCGUCUAGGCCGCAUGUUUGAACUAGCUUUGGCUGCUGAAGCAUCUUCAUCUAUUUCUGCAAAUUUUGCUACUGGAAAACCGCAUCGUAAUCAGUUUCAGUUGUCUCCUGAUGCAAAUGAGAUAUAUCCAAACAAUGUCGGAAGGCCAACUAAAGCUGCUGCUGUUUCUGCUCUUGUUAUUGGACUAAUUGUUCAUGGAGUUGUUAGUCUAGAAAGGAUGAUCACAGCCUUUAGAUUAAAGGAAGGAUUGGAUGUUCUACAGUUCAUACGAAGUUCCAGAUCCAGUUCUAAUGGUAUCUCCCGUUCUAUUGGCAUGAUGAAGUUAGAUUUCUCCAUUGAGGUUUAUGUGCAUUGGUUUCGGCUUUUGGUUGGUAACUGCAAAACAGUUUUUGAUGGGCUUAUUGCAGAAAUGGUCGGUGAAUCAUAUGUUUUAGCUCUUUCAAGGAUGCAACACCUACUUCCACUUGGUUUAGUUUUCCCUCCUUCUUAUUCUAUUUUUGCAAUGGUCAUAUGGAGGUCAUAUAUUUUCAACAAUAAUGUCGCAUCUCGUGAAGACAACCAACUCUACCUAUGUUUUUCAACUGCUAUUAUUGAUGCUGUAAGACACAAGCCAUUUCGAGAUUUGUUUUUCCGCAAUACUCAAGGCUUUUAUGAUCUUCUGUCCAACGAUACUGGUGAUUCUGAAUUUGCAGCAAUGCUUGAGCUGCAUAGUCCAGACAAGCAUUUGAAAACAAUGGCGUUUAUUCCUCUUCGUGCAAGGCUGUUCCUUAAUACACUAAUUGAUUGCAAAAUACCUGCAUUAACUAUUGUGUCUGAAGAUGGAUCAUGGGUUUCAGGUCCUGCAGAACACAGAUCAUAUGCUGAUACAGAGUCAAAGAUUUUGGAUCAGCUCAUGCAUGUUUUGGAUACUUUGCAACCUGCUAAGUUCCAUUGGCAGUGGGUAGAGUUGAGGCUCCUUCUGAAUGAACAAUCACUUAUUGAAAAAAUUGAAACUCAUAACAUGUCCUUUGUGGAAGCAAUACGGUCCUUAUCUCCUAGUGCAGACAAUUUUGUGCUUUCUGAAAGUGAAAAGAAAUUUACUGAAAUUAUUCUUACUAGGAUACUUGUGAGACCUGAAGCAGCUCCUCUGUACUCGGAGGUAGUUAACUUACUUGGGAAAUUAAUUCAAGAGAGUCUGGUGAUGGAUACGAAAUGGAUUUUAGCUGGUCCUGAUGUUCUUCUUGGACGGAAAUCAAUAAAGCAACAACUUAUACAUGUGGCUCUGAGGAGAUCUUUUUCUACUAAAGCAAGGUUUUGGAAACCCUGGGGAUGGUCUAAUUCUCUUUUUGAUACUAUUUCUAGGAGAGGUGAUAAGGGAAAAUUUGAAGACAUUUCUGUUGAAGAAGGGGAGGUUGUGGAUGACAGUACUGAUGUUAAGAAGGCUUCCAAAGUGAUUCAUAAUGUGGAUAGUGAAAUUUUCAAUUCUGGCAAACAGUAUAUAAUUGAGAAAGCUCUUGCUGAAUUAAUAUUGCCAUGCAUUGACAGGAGUGCCAGUGAGUUGCGCAAUUUAUUUGCCAAUGAGUUAAUCAAGCAGAUGGGAGCUAUUGAUCAACAAAUCAACACAAUAACAUCCAUUGGUUAUAAAUCUAGUGUGAACCAUGAAACUUCUUCAAGCAAAGGAAACACUCGUAAAAGUAUCCGUGGUGGAAGCCCAGUACUUAGUAGGCGGCCAACUGAUUCUGCCCCACCUUCUAUGGUUGCUCUGAAAAUUUCAUUGUGCUUGCGCUUGCAAUUCCUAUUGAGAUUGCUUCCAAUAAUUUAUGAGGAUAGGAACAUGAGGCAGAUUCUCGCACCUAUUAUACUUCGGUUGCUUGGAACACGCUUGGUCUAUGAAGAUGCAGAUCUCUGUCUUUUGACUAUACCUUAUGGUUCUUCUAAGAGAGAAUUAGAGUCUGCCAGUGAGUUUUCCUUUCUGGACCAUGCCAGUGACAGUCUUUUUGAUAUACUUUUGGCCAUUCUGCAUGGUUUGCUGAGCAGUUUCAAGCCAAGUUGGCUGAAACCUAAGUCUGCCUCUAAGUCAUCUGUGAAACCUACUCGGAAUGUUUCUCCAUUUGAUCGUGAAGCAGCAGAGAAUUUGCAGAAUGAGCUAGAUCGUUUGGAGAUGCCAGCAGCAAUUCGACGACGUAUUCAAUCAGCCAUGCCAAUACUAGCACCAUCUCUUCCUUUGUCGAUUCCUUGCCAUCUUCCAAUUUUGUCUCCAGCUGCAGUCACAUCCCUUAGUCCCAGCACACCAAAUUCUGGUCUUUACCAAAGAGGCAUUCUAGCUCGCAUAUCUAAUAAUUUCUCUAGCAGAAACAAGAAUUCAGCCUUGCAAGAAAUGGAAAUGGAUAUUGAUCCCUGGACCUUACUUGAAGAUGGCACAAGUUGUGCUUCAGUCUUGAUUGGUAGCAGCAAUACUUACACAGGUAAUGCUAGUGGAGAUCAUAGCAAUCUCAAGGCCUGCAGCUGGCUCAAAGGUUCUGUAAGGGUACAGAGAACAGACCUUACUUAUAUUGGGGCCCUUGAUGAGGAUAUUCAGCUGAGCUGACCAUGAAUAGACCACUUUUCAUUUGAUUUGACUGAAAAAAUAGGGUGGUGGUAUAAUUAAGGAUUUGUGGUUUAGAUACAGUGAUUGUGGGGCCAACAUUUUACAUUUAAAACAUCCACCCAGAUAGAUUAGCUUCCACCCUGAUUUUGCUGCUUAAGCUUGACUUGUACAUAAGUGUUCAAGUAAAAUGCCCGCCUCCGGAAUGGAACCCCAAUCCAUUUGAAUCAUUCAUUCCGUUGCCAUUCUGUUUUGUAAUGUGACAUUGUGACGUUGUAACAUUAGAAAACAAGCUUUGGGAAUUAUCAUUUGGCGGGUGAAUCAUGAUUAGUACAUUUCUAUCUUUUGUCA